AUCUCACAUGUACUCACAUUUGUAAUUUUAUUAUAUUAGUAAGAAUUAAGGUGCAAUAUAUUUUACUUAUCUUUAUAGGUAUAAAAAUUUACUUGAAAUAAUCGAUUUGUUAAUGUAAUAAUAGCCACUUGACACUUCGAGUCAUUACGAUUGAUAACAAUUAUAGCCCACAUGUUAUCGCAAUGUACAUACAUUAGUUAAUAUUUUGUUAUGUGACCGACAAGAUAUCUUUAAGUGAGUAAUAAAGGAGCCAUGGCGUGUCUGAACAACUCGUGUCCUGCAUAUACCCAGGGCCCGGCGGGACUUGCUUUCACAAGUCUUGUGACACAAUUGCUUGCAGCGCAAUGCCUAAUUACUGAGGACUGGCCGGACGAUCACCAUUACAGAGUGGCAGAUGGCGACACCUUCGACUUCAUAAUUAUUGGUUCUGGCACAGCGGGAUCUAUACUGGCCAACAGGCUGUCACAAGUUCCAGAUUGGAAAGUGUUGCUGGUGGAAGCUGGGGGAGAUCCACCUAUGGAAUCUAUAAUUCCUAAUUUCUCCGGCGCUACACAUAGAAGUCAUCACGCAUGGCAAUAUUUUACUGAGCAAGAUGAAAAUACUAAUAGAGGUUGUGUUUAUGGCAGGUCCUUCUGGCCUCGAGGAAAGGUAUUAGGAGGGACCGGAUCUAUAAACGGUAUGCUACACAUGACAAGUAGUCCAGCAGACUACGAACCGUGGCAUUUGGAUGAUGGUGACGGUUGGGACUGGUCGAAUAUAAAAAAAUAUUUGAAGAAAAGCAUUAAAGUUGUAGAUCCAUUUAUACUCAAUAAUUUGGAAUUAAAAGAACACUAUGGCACCGACGGUGAAUUUAUUAUUGAUCAAUUGAACUGUACCCAUACAAACAUAGUUGAUAAAUUAGUUGAUGGAUAUAAGGAAUUAGGUUUGAAAUAUUUGGAUAAUUUGAACGGACUAACACAAAUGGGAGUAGGAAAAAUCAGAGGGGCAAAUUAUAAUGGACGUAGAGUUAGUAGCGCAACUGCUUUCUUAAACCCCAUAAAAGAUCGUCAGAAUCUAUAUAUUUUAAAGAAUACAUUUGCAUAUAAAAUUGUUAUUGAUGAGAAUAAUAUGAAGACUACUGGUGUUAAAGUCACGCUUCAAAACGGCGAUACGGCGACGUUUCAUCCAAACAAAGAAAUUAUAGUAAGUGCAGGUGCAGUUAAUACACCUUUACUUCUUAUGAUUUCCGGUAUUGGUCCUAAAUAUCAUCUAGAAGAAUUAGGUAUAAAUGUCGUGGCUAAUUUACCUGUAGGAGAAAAUUUACAAGAUCAUGUAAGAAUACCGAUACCAGUAACUGUAGAUACUGGAGCUAAACAGAUAGAUGAAAUGUAUUGGAAUAAAGCAGCUGCCCAGUAUUUAUUAGACAGAAGUGGUCCACAUGCAACAAAUUAUGAUCAACCGAAUAUAAAUGCUUUCUUGUCCGUUCCAGAUGGGAAAACGUUGCCCGAUGUACAGAUAGAUCACAAUUAUUUUGUUCCGAAUACAUCUUAUGUCUACAAAAUGUGUACAGAUAUUAUGUCAUUUAAGCAUGAAAUUUGUGAGCAGUUUAAAAUGUUUAAUUCAGACAAGGAAAUGAUUAUAUUUUUUGUGUCCUUGUGUAGACCUUAUUCAAGAGGCAAAAUACUAUUGCGUUCGAAUAAUGCAACAGAUGUUCCAAAAAUCUAUCCGAAUUAUUUCAGCGAUAAAAGAGACGUCGAUAUUUACAUCCAAAGUUUGAAGAAAGUUAUGGAGAUUGUUGAAACUAACACUUUUAAAGGAAUCAAAGCAGAAAUAAAAAGGAUUAAUUAUGAAGAUUGUGAUGCCACUGAGUUUGGGAGUGACGCGUAUUGGGAAUGUAUGAUUAGAACGGUAACUUAUAAUGUAUACCAUCCCGUGGGGACCGCCAAGAUGGGGAGUUAUGAUGAUCGGACUGCAGUUGUGGAUGGAAAAUUGAAAGUUAAGGGUAUUGAAGGUUUGAGAGUUGUUGAUGCUAGUAUAAUGCCUACUAUAACAAGUGCUAAUACUAACGCUCCAGUGAUGAUGAUCGCGGAGCGAGCUGCCGAUUUUAUUAAACUAGAAUAUGGCGUUAUAGGCAAUAAAAAAGAUGAAUUGUAGUAUA